GCCAUCAAACGGCCAUCAAAAGUAGGAUUUUAAUUUGAUACACGAUGGCCGAGUCCGGCAAGAAAAGGCGAGUCAGCCAUGCUAACAGGAGCUCACAAACGUUUAUUAACAAUUUAGCAAACAUAUUCGAGGGCGGUGGAACUGUCGGAGAGGGUAAUUUUGUGGAGGGCUCCAUACUUCGCAUCACCAUGAGAAACUUCCUGACCUAUGACCACUCAGUGGUGUUACCUGGACCCAACCUGAACAUGAUAGUUGGAGCCAAUGGAACUGGCAAAUCGAGCAUUGUGUGCGCUAUAUGUCUCGGUCUUGCUGGCAAGACUGCUAUCCUGGGCAGAGGCGAUAAGGUUGGGCUCUAUGUCAAACGGGGGUGCAACAAAGGAUCUGUUGAGCUUGAAUUGUACAAAAAUGAUGGUAAUAUAGUGAUAAACAGAGAGAUUCAUGUGGAGAACAAUCAGUCGCUGUGGAUGCUGAAUGGAAAACACUGCAACCAGAAAACAGUUGAAGAGGAGGUCAAGGUGUUGCAUAUUCAGGUUGGCAACCUCUGCCAAUUUCUACCUCAGGAAAAAGUGGGAGAGUUUGCAAAGAUGUCUAAAAUUGAGUUGCUGGAGGCAACAGAGAAGUCAGUGGGACCACCUGAGAUGUACAGGUACCACUGUGAGCUCAAAAAUUUCCGACACAAAGAACGGGAACUGGAGAACACGGUGAAGGAAAAGGCGAACUUCCUGGAGAAGGCCAAGCAAAGGAAUGAGAGGAACAAACAUGAUAUGAACCGUUACUACGAAAAGAAAAGGCAUCUUGAUGUGAUUGAGUUGCUCGAUAAGAAGAAACCAUGGGUGGAGUAUGAGACCACCCGUAAGGAGCUUGAGGGUGUGAAGAAGGAGCGAGAAGAGGCCAAAAAGCAGCUCUCUGCCCUGAGGCAGGCCCAGGCGCCCAUGUUGAAGAAAAUGCAGCAGAUUGACAACCACCUUCAGCCCACUGAGGCACAAAUAAAAACUAAGACGGUCGCCAUCAAAGAAGCUUCUCUGAAGUGCAAACAGAAACAAGAUCAGUUGGACCAAAAACACAAGCAGAUUGAUGAUAUCAAACAAACCCAGAGACUGAAGCAGAUGGAAGAGGAAGACCACCAAAAGCGAAUCAGCAACACCAAACGGACCAUUGAGGACAUGAAGGCGGAACUCGGCAAGGUUGCUGACCAGCCAGACAUGACGCCAAGAAUCAAUGAAGUCAACGUCGAGCUGAGGCGCAUUCAGGUCGAGAGAGCCAAGAUUGAAGGAGAGAAGUCCGACCUUCGCAGGGAAAAGGACCAUGUUAUAGCUGAGGGCAGAAUGUUGGAGAAAAAACUCAAAGACAUGAACAACAUGAUGAAUGCCAAAGAGGAGAAGCUGCGAGGACGCCACAGGGACACACACACCGCCCUCCAGUGGCUCAGACAGAACAAACAUCUCUUUAGUGGAAAUGUCCAUGAGCCCAUGAUGCUGGUGAUCAACGUGAAAGACCAUCGCUUUGCUAAGUACGUAGAGACCCACAUCUCAUUCCACGAUCUCCGAGCGUUUGUUUUCCAGAGAAAAGAGGACACAGAGAAGUUCAUGGCUGAGGUCCGAGACAAGAUGAACUUAAAGGUGAACACGAUCUCCGCGCCAGAUGAGUCGUGCUCUAAGCGUGAACCAUCCAGAAAUAUUGAGUCUCUGAGGCGUUUUGGGUUCUUCACUUACCUUCGUGAGAUGUUCGACGCCCCUGACGAGGUGAUGAGUUAUCUCUGUCACCAGUACCGGGUGCACGACGUCCCUGUCGGCAAUGAUCAAACUAAAGCCAUGAUAAAAACGGUGAUCGAGGAGCCCUACCUCAAGGUGUUGUAUACCACAGAGGAGAGGUACACAUUGAAGAGGUCCUUUUACUCCAACAAGAUCAGCACCAGUAACUCUGCAGUGCACCAUUCCCAGUACCUCUCUAUCACUAUAGACGCCGAAGAGAAACGGCAACUGGAGCAGCAGAUGAAGGACUGUGAGUCCAAAUUACGAGAAAUUGAUGAACGAUUAAAGGCUCUGCAGAAGGAGGCUGCCUCUUUGGAUCGCCGAGACAACGAACUGUUGGCAGAAAAGAAAAAGCUGUCUGAGCUAAAGGGCAAGAAGAGACAGCUGGAGCAGAAAAUCAGCACCAAACAAGACAGUCUGAGGCAGAUGGAGAACAGUUUUAUUGAUCUGCAGAAGAUUGAAGAGGAGACUAAAAAGAAAAUAGAAACUGUUAAUUUCCAGAAGGUGGACAUAGUCAAGGUGAUCGUGGCCCAAAUGAAGCUGAGAGCCCAGCUGAAUAUGGAGAAGGUGUACUUGGCUUUGGAGACGGUGGGGCUGACAGCUGAGAGGAGCAAACUGGAGAAUGACUGUAGAGAGGGCGCCUCUGAACUUAAGAGCACUGAACAACAAUGCAGCCGUCUGGAGCAGAGGAAGGCUCAGCUGACGGAGCAAUGCAAAGGCCUAUUGAAGAGAGCCAAGUCCAUCUGCAGGAUGCAAGCUGAUGAGGCAUUACCAGAAGACCUACGUAAUGCUUUCAGUGAUCUGCCUGACACGCUGGAUGAGAUUGAUGCCAUGUUGAAUGAGGAACACUCCAGAGCAGAGUGCUUCACCGGUCUCAGUGAAAGUGUCGUUGAUGAGUACAACAGGAGGGAGCAGGAGAUCAAACAUCUGGAGAAAGAUCUGGAAGAAAGGAGCAACAACCUUACUGCUUAUCGUCAGAACAUAUCAGAGGCUAAGGAGCGCUGGCUGAACCCGCUGAAGCAGCUGGUGGAACAGAUUAACGCCAAGUUCAGUGAUUUCUUCCGCCACAUGCAGUGUGCAGGAGAGGUUGAUCUGCACUCAGAGAAUGAGGAGGAGUAUGAUAAGUAUGGGAUUAGAAUUCGUGUUAAGUUUCACAGCAGCACUCAGCUCCAUGAGUUGACGGCCUACCAUCAGAGCGGAGGAGAGCGCAGCGUCUCCACAAUGCUCUACCUCAUGGCCCUGCAGGAGCUCAACCGCUGCCCCUUCAGAGUGGUGGAUGAGAUCAACCAGGGAAUGGAUCCUGUUAAUGAAAGAAGAGUCUUUGACAUUGUGGUCCGCACAGCCUGCAAAGAGACAACAUCCCAGUACUUCUUGAUAACACCCAAAUUACUGCAGAACCUUGAGUACGCCGAUGAGAUGACCGUCCUUUGUGUCUAUAACGGCCCCCACAUGCUUUCCCCCAACCAGUGGGACGAAAAGGCUCUGAUCAGGCGCUGUCUCGAAAGAAAAGCCAGGCAGUGAAACACCAAGCCAAAAUGUAACUGUUCACUUUUAAAUCAGACUUAUUUUGUUCAUUUACUUCAUAGAAGUGAUGUUUAGCUGUUCUACUAAAAAGGCUUUAUAGCCCCAUAGAGAGAUUUCAGUUUAGUUCAGCCCAACAUUUUGUUUCAUAAAGGACAUUUACAGACCAGGUUUAUAGAACAUACAAAAUAUGCUAUGAGCACUUUUGUGGUUUGGUCAUUUGUAUAUUAUUUGCAUAUUUUUUAUUAAAAGAAUACAGUAACAUGUUCACUCUUUGGACAGUCUAAAAUAUGUUGAACCUGUUUGACUUUCCUCAGCAAUGUAUGUGCACUUGUGUAUACUGUAUAUUCAAAUAAAAAUAUUCCUUCUGUUCUAAA